GGGAGCCACAAGAAAGAAGCAUCAGCAUAAGAAUUGAUCUGUCUAUGAAGUGUGAUCAGUCUCUUUCUCAGCUCAAGAUAGAGAAUGGUCAUCACAAUUGUGCUGUUUCCAUUCCCCCUUCAAGGCCACAUCAACUCAAUGCUUCAGCUUGCACGCAUUCUUCAUUCCCUAGGAUUCAACAUUUCCAUUGUGCACACCCAACGCAACUCCCCCAAUCCUCACAACUUCCCUCACUUCACGUUCAACUCAUUCCCUGAUGGUCUACUGGAAACCGAGCACGCCUCCGAAUCCGAUCUCCUGGCUUUCAUAAUGCGCCUCAACGUUAGCUGCAUUGUCCCAUUUCGGGAUUGCUUGCAAAAGGUCUCGAGUAAUGACUCGGAGGAUCGAGUUGCUUGCUUGAUAACGGAUGCUGUCUGGUAUUUUUCUCAAGCUGUCGCGGAUGAGCUUAAAAUCCCAAGGAUUGUCCUGAGGUGUACGAGUAUCUCUUCAAUUUCUGCUUUCUCUGCCUUGUCCGCUCUGAGAGAAAAGGGUUGCCUCCCAAUAAAAGAUUCCGAAGUAGACAAGGCUGUUCCCGAAGUUCUGCCUCUCAAAAUGAAAGACCUUCCGGUUGUCCACGAAAAGAACCCCGAGGAUCUCCAACAGAUAUUAGCAAACACGGGCAGAGAGACCAGGGCCUCCGCUGGACUCAUCUCCAAUUCCUCUGAAGAACUCGAGGGGACAAAACUUGCCGGAGCUCAGGAAGCCAUUCCCAUUCCUUUCUUCGUCAUCGGUCCAUUUCACAAGUACUUUCCAGCCUCUUCGAGCAGCUUGCUGGUGCAAGACAUGAGCUCGAUCUCCUGGCUGAACAAGCAAAAGCCCGAAUCAGUCAUCUACGUGAGCCUGGGAAGCAUUGCAUCCAUUGAUGAGGCCAAGUUCCAGGAAAUAGCAUGGGGGCUAGCAAAUAGUGAGCAGCCGUUUUUGUGGGUUGUCAGGCCCGGAUCAAUAUGUGGAUCGGACUGGCUCGAACAUUUGCCAAGCGUGUUCCUGGAGAUGUUAUAUGGAAAGGGUCAUAUUGUGAAGUGGGCACCGCAGCAAGAAGUGCUGGCUCAUCAGGCCAUCGGCGGAUUUUGGACUCAUUGUGGUUGGAACUCAACAUUGGAGAGCAUUUGUGAAGGUGUUCCAAUGAUUUGUAUGCCCUCCUUUGGGGAUCAAAAGGUGAAUGCGAGAUAUGUGAGUGACUUUUGGAGGGUCGGGUUGCAUUUGGAGGAUAAGCUGGAGAGAGGCGAGAUAGAGCGUGCGAUUCGAAGAUUGAUGGCAGAUCCAGAAGGUGAAGCUAUUAGGGACAGAGCUGUGAGACUGAAGGACAAGGUGGAUCAGUGUUUUAAGGAAGGGGGUUCCUCAUAUAGGUCUCUUGACAGCUUAACUGGUUUCCUAUCAUCAUUGUAGGACUCUGCUUUUAGAGGUUAAACUUCUUCUAGGAAUCGUCUUUCAAUUCUCCUUUCCAUUGCUUUUGUUUCCUGAUUAUUAGCACUCUCAUGCUAGUGAAAAUUUGAAUCUUGAAGAUUAUCUGUAUCUUUAGUUUUCCAUCAGUUUAUUUGCUGAAUUGAAAUUGUUAGCUUUCCCUUUGAUAGAUCUCUGGAAUUUACAAG